CAAUCAGUCGCGAAGCAACGAGCAUUUCGAGCGGGACGUGCUAACGAAGUCGGUUUCUUGUGUCGUGUCGGUUGGUGUUGGUGGACGGUAAAGUGACAGUGAGAUUGUGCAGAAUCGGAAGAGGACAGGGCCAGCGGUGACAAACGGUAGAUUGAGCGAGAUAGCGGUAGAUUGAACGGUGUCGUUCCGUCGAGGGUAGCAUCGCAGUCGAAGCACUAAAAAAAAGUUAUCAAUCAGGCUGUUCUUUGAAAACGGAUAGUUGUAGCGAUUAUUACAAAACUGUGUUUUUACGAAUGGUUAGUAGUUGGUGUUUCGAAAGUUCAGAAUUGUCAUCCGGAGUGAACCGAACGUAGGAACAUUUUGAUUCGAGCAUUCGGAACCAGCAAGAUGGAGCAGUGAAAAACUGAAGAAAAUACCAACAUGUUAAAAACCUUGAUAGAAAAUAUCUACAAUCCUCAGAACAGGAUGGUCGUUUUAGAUGUGGCGUGGAAUGUAAUGCGAAAUCUCUAGUGUCUGGAUGUGUUUUGCGGAACGCCUUUCCUCGUAACCCAGUUCGGAUUAGUGCAGCUGGUGGUGUGUGUUCCCAGAUUUAGGUGAGUGAGUGCGAAUGAAGCAAGGUUUCGCAAAGUCGAACUCGUGGUAAAAAAAGGAAAAUUUCGAUAUAAAAAUGUUUACCUAAUUUUUGAGUCCAGAAGCUACAGAUAAACCAUACGAUUGAACUGGAAAAUGAAUUAUUAAAUACCGAGUGAUCAAAUGUGUUAGUGUUGUACGGGAUAGCAUCGAAUACUAACGGAUCCAGUUGUACGGAAAAGUGGAAUCGUGUUGAAAGGAAUUCAACCAACCACCUGUCACCGAACGCGAGCAACCAACGAGACUACAUUUCGCGUCUUUCGCCAGCUGCGAAGGGGGCAGCUGGAGUAACAUUCAUCGUAGGGCAAACGGAAAACCAGCAGCAUCAUGCCGGGACUGAUCGGAGUAAGCGAGUUCCUGGAGGAAACUCGCGAAGAUUACAACUCACCGACGACGUCUACGUUUGUGUCACGAAUGGCCCAGUGUCGGCAAACCAUCUAUGCACUAGAGGAGACACUUGACUUCGACCGAGAGGGACUGACAAAGUUGAAGAAAGCAGUCAAAGCAAUUCACAAUUCAGGAAACACCCACGUCGACAAUGAGAUGUGUCUGGUGCGAGCCCUGGAACGGCUUGGCUCAGUGGCCCUGUCCAAGGAGGAACCGGAUAUCGGUGCAGCAUUCCUGAAAUUUUCCGUCGUCACCAAAGAGCUCAGUGCUCUCAUGAAGACACUGAUGCAAAACAUCAACAACAUCGUCAUGUUCCCGGUGGAUUCGCUACUGAAAAGCGAACUGCGAGGGAUGAAGGGAGAAAUGAAGAGGCCCUUCGAUAAGGCUGCCAAAGAUUACGAUUCGAAGUUUAUGAAAAUCGAGAAAGAGAAGAAAGCGCUGGCCAAGGAUGCCGGCAUGAUGCGCACCGAGGUGACACCGGCCGAGAUUGCCGAGGAAAUCGAAAAAGAACGACGGGUCUUUCAGUUGCAAAUGUGUGAGUAUCUGAUAAAAUUCAACGAGAUAAAAACGAAAAAAGGUAUUGAACUGCUGCAGCAUUUAGUCGAGUACUACCACGCUCAAAACAACUACUUCAAGGAUGGUCUCAAAACGAUUGCCCAUUUCGGAACGUACAUAGAGGAGCUUAGUGUUAAGCUGCACACGAUUCGCCACAAGCAAGAUGAGGAACGACGGAAACUGCUCGAAUUGCGAACAUUGCUUCGAUCAUCACCCGACUUUGACCGGGUGGAAAAUGUCCCCAGUGACAAAGGUGCCGCUGGCUAUUCGCUGCAUCAGUUGCAGGGUGACAAAAACCACGGAAUCACCCGGUCGGGUCAUUUACUGAAGAAAAGCGAAGGAAAGGUCCGAAGGGUGUGGCAGAAGCGACGAUGUAGGGUAACCGCCGAUGGUUUUCUCGAUAUUUGCCAUGCAGACGAAACCAAAGCCCCCACGCGGGUCAAUCUGCUGACCAGCCAGAUUAAACCCGCUUCAGAUGACAAGAAAGGAUUCGACCUAAUCAGUUAUAACCGGCCAUACCACUUUCAAGCGGAGGACGAAAUUGACCAGAAGGCGUGGAUGUCGGUACUGAUAAACUGCAGGGAAAAAGCCCUGGCGAAAGCAUUCCAGCAUGCAAACCCGCAAAUGAGUCCUAGCUUGAUAGAGCUGCAAAAGACGGUUAUAAAGUACAUUCAGAAUCUGCCCGGUAACGACCAAUGCUGUGAUUGUGGUUCAAAGAACGAUGUUACCUGGAUUAGUUUAAACUUCGGUAUUUUGGUUUGCAUCCAGUGCUCGGGCGUUCAUCGGGACUUGGGUGUGCAUCACUCCCGGAUACAGAGUCUGACGCUGGACAACUUGACAACGGCGCAGCUGUUGAUUGCGCGUGCCAUGGGAAAUAGCAGUUUAAACGAAGUGAUGGAAGCUACACUCGGGAAGGGCAAAUUGACACAUGAAAGUUCGAUGGAGGAACGGUACGAUUUCAUUCGGGCAAAAUACAUUGCCAAACGGUAUGUGAUGCGAACCUGUGCCGACGAUCGCGACCUGAGGAACGAUCUCGAACAGGCAGUGAUAAACGCAGAUCUCAGUCAACUGUUGCAGGUGUGGGCCGAAGGUGCGGAUCUGUCCUGUGUGCUGCCAUCGUCGGAAUUCGGCGAAACUGCCCUCCACCUGGCCGUCCUGCGCGAGAUGGGCUCCACUCUGCACAUCGUCGACUUUUUGAUUCAGAACAUGACCGCCCAAGGGUUGAACAAACAGACGAACCCACCGGGCCCGGCGGAUAUGUCCGGUAAGAACACGGCACUGCAUUUGUGCGCUCUGCACGAUCGGCGCGAAUGUAUGAAGCUGCUGCUGCGAUCGGGUUGUGAGUUCGACGUGAAAAACUCGCAAUCCCGAACCGCGCUAGAUAUUGCCAAAGAGAUGGGCCACGAGGCCUGCAAAGAGUUGAUUGAACAUGCUAUGAAACGUGAGAAGAGUGCUUUCGAUCAUAUCAACACCGAUUGGAACAUCCAUGAUGACGGUUCUACCGACUUUUCCGAUGACGAUACGAUGCUGAUGGAUGAACGAAAGUCCCGUUCGAGGCCACCCAGUUUCGUGGGGGGCGAUUCACCGGUGGCACUUCGAUCCCGAUCAUCGACGUGCGAUUCAAUCCAGAGCGGUUCCAGUCCCAGUUCCAGUUGUAAUCCUAAUCUAGGCGGUGCACAGCAAAUACCCGGUGCUGGUGGCACCAACCAGCAGCGUCAGAUUCCGAUCCCGUCGUCCGGCACUAGUCCUAAGCAAUACGCCGGAGCGUUUGCAUCGCAUUACGGUUCCGGAGCCGGAUCGGCUACCGGUGGUUCUAGUCCCAACUCGAGCAGUUCCAGCAGUAUAGUCCGACAGGCUACAGCUCAGAUUUCAGCGGCGGCUGCGGCCGCUGCCGUCAGUUCACAAAACAAAAAAUCGGCUUCAGUCAACAUUGGUUCGCUGAAGAAACGCACUGCUCCUGCACCCCCACCGACCACUUACGGAACGCUCCCACAUGCCCCUCGCCAUUCACAGAACAUUGACAGUGACAUAUUUGGUGUUGCUUCGCAUCACCUUCACCAUCUGCAUUCCGAUGUGUACAGCACACUACCGCAUCUGAGGGGCACAGAUAGCGGAGGAGGUGGUGGUGGUGGUGGCGGCGUUGGAGGAGGUGGAAGUGGAAUCACAAGUUCGUCCAGUGGGGGAGGAAAGUCCAAUUCAUCCCAGCAGCUACAUUUUGACAACAAAAUUUACGAACGUUUCGAGGGAUACAUGCAGUCCGCCGGCAGGGAUCCGAACUUUCUCAGUUCAUUCACCGGCGGUCAUAAACGAUCGCCUAGUGGCGAAUCGUUGGGCAGAAAUUUAGCUGGAGCAAAACUAGUCCUUCCGCCGGCGGGAGAAAUUCCUCAGCUCAAACCGGUGGACAAAAGCAUUCACAAUAGGCCAAAACUACCACCACCGCCCGGGUGUACAGAUAAAGCCAUGUCUAAUGGACAAUCGAACGAAAGUUUGUCAUCGCUUGACGAUGCGGUUGUUCUGAGGAAGAAGGUAACCAAAGUACUCAACUCUUCGAAUUACGGUGAUUUCGGUGAGCUGAACUACACCGGUCAGCUCGACAAUUCGAUGGCAUCCUCGUCGGGUGGCAAUCAGGAUUCCGCCAACAGUAGCUUUAGCCGGAACGAUACAAGCAGAGCGUCCUCGUCGUCCGGUGCGCUGGGUGACAGCUUCAACAAGUCCAGCAGUCCGGUGGCUUUACGUAGCUGUACUGGCCCACGAAGGUGUCGGGCCCUGUACGAUUGCAACGCCGACAAUGAUGACGAGUUGGAGUUCAAGGAGGGUGAAAUUCUGCUCGUACUCAACGAACGAACUGACGAUGACAACUGGAUGGAGGGUGAGAUCGAAGGGGACCGAUCCCGGCGGGGUAUGUUCCCGGUCAGCUUCGUGCAAAUGUUGGACGAUUAGAAGAACUGGAAAUGCGAGCGCUCGGGUGGGCAAAGGGUAAACAAUUAGUGAUUUAGAAAGGAGGUGUUACAAACAUACAUUCAUACAUACAUACAAAUCCGAACUCGGAGCUGAGCUUCGAAAGGCACGUUAUAGAGUACACACACAUACACAUUUUUGGACGUUUCAAUCAAUUGUUGAAGAGUUAUUCGGAUAGCCCGCAGGAAAGGGACAGAAUAUCUUCUGAAAUUUCAAAAAGAAAGUAUUGAGAGUGAUUAUUCUAAGUCUGCUGAUGAAGAUCAAGUCUGUUUACGAUGCACGAUUAUUUAAGUGUAACUAUUUUCUAUUUAUUAUUAUUAGCGUGCUGUGCAACUUGCUCUUUCAUUGCGAAAAAAAAAAACAAAUCCUCACGGUAUUGGAUAUUCCUCUUACAUCGACAUGACUGCUCAAAGUAUUUCUCUCAAUUUUAUAGUCAAUCAAAAAAAAAACAAAAUGCACAAUAAUUUUAGUUUGUUUCUUUACCUUUCCAUCUACUGCUCCAUCGAUGCAGGCAUUUUAUGCGAAUUAUGCUAAGAACAAAGCAUUUAUCCCCAAUACGAGAUCGUAAUCGAAUCAAAGUCGUUCUUUUUUUAGUGGAACAACAGUCAAAAAGGACAAAAUCAAAGCGUAUAUAAAUACUGUUUGUAAACUAUUGCUGAUUACCUAUAUGAAAAUAUGGAUGGAAAGAAAAUAUGAGUAAUAAAUAAACACUAAGAUAUAUAUAAAACUAAGAGUUAAAAAACUGCUAAAAUGAGCAAAACGUUGUCGUUGUGCAUAGGAAAACAGAAAACAAAAACUUUAUGUGCCAGUAUACAGAGAAACAAAAAAUCAUAAGUUAAGGUCAAAUCAAAACCCAUAAUAAUUAUAAUAGAAAACAAAAACAACAAACAAGCGAUUGCAAUGCAAAACCAACUAAUGAAUGGAAAGUAGAACCUGCCUCCCGGAAUACCAAUAUAAGCAACCGUUACUCAAUGUGUAAUAGAAUUGACGUCUUCGCAUUUCCGUAAGUAGAAUCAAUCAGUGAACCUUGCUCUUGAUCGCCGAUAGAGGGGGGAGGGGUAAAGACCGAAUCCUCGGCACCAUAAUAAAGCCAAGCAAAAAAAAUACCUUGAACGGCAACCACGGAGUUCACUAUUAUCGAUUAUCUACCAAAUAAGUAUUACUGUUGAAGAGCUACCUUAGAAAGUGACAUUGACAAAAAAAAACAAUCGUGUUAGAGCAAUGAUGAAUUCAACUAAAAUACUCAAAGAAAAAUUAACCGAACCAUCUGCAAGCAGUAGUAAGUAAGCAAACUAUUUGCUACCAACCUAGGUGUGAGUGAAUGUGUUGCAUGAAAAAAAAUGUGAAGGAAAGUGGUGAGAAUCGCUGCAUUGCCAAAACAUCGGGGAGGACAGGAAAGUUCAGCAAAUGAAAGUAUAUGAAAAUAAAAAUGAAUAUUCCAAUAAUGAGGAAACGGUCA